AGCUUGACCCCUCUGCUUGGUCAACCUCGAACCAAACAGAAGCAGACAAUCCAAUCUGAGCCGAAUACUGCGCGGCCGACCUCAACAACCACAAAAUACUCUUCGCAUCAGUUACCGACCACGGAAGUGGUAAAAGCAGAUAAUCAAGCUGGGGAAGCGAAAACUGUCCGGCGGGGAUCAUCCAUCUUCCCUCAAGAAGACCAUGGCGGACCCAUCGCAAGGCCAGGUCGACCUGGUCACCAGGAUGCAGGUCGACGACUCGGUUGUCAGCGCCGUCGCCACCGGCGAGAUCGACGAGUCCCUCUACAGUCGCCAGCUCUACGUCUUGGGCCACGAGGCCAUGAAGCGCAUGGGCGCGUCCAACGUCCUCAUCUCUGGCCUCAAGGGCCUUGGAGUCGAGAUCGCCAAGAAUGUUGCCCUCGCGGGUGUAAAGAGCUUGUCUCUCCACGACCCGGCACCUGUUGCCAUCGCUGACCUCUCUUCACAAUUCUUUCUUCGACCCGAAGAUGUUGGCAAACCACGAGACCAGAUCACUGCCCCGAGGGUUGCUGAGCUCAAUCAAUACACACCCGUCAAGGUUCAUGAGUCUGCCAGCCUCACGGACGACCUCUCGCAGCUUGACAAGUAUCAAGUAGUGGUACUCACAAACGCGCCGCUGGUGUCGCAAAAGGCCGUUGGUGAUUACUGUCAUUCCAAGGGCAUCUACUUUAUCGCCGCGGAUACCUUUGGUCUUUUCGGUGCCCUCUUCUGCGACUUUGGCGAGAAGUUCACGGUGAUAGAUUCAACCGGUGAGAACCCGCUAAACGGCAUGGUCAACGGGAUUGACGAGGAGGGCCUUGUUACCACAUCCGACGAUGCCAGGCACGGGCUGGAAGACGGCGACUAUGUCACCUUCACCGAGGUUCAGGGUAUGGAAGGCCUCAACGGUUGCCAGCCACGAAAGAUUACCGUCAAGGGCCCUUACACCUUCUCGAUUGGCGACGUCUCAGGGCUCGGUACAUACCAGCGUGGUGGUCUCUACCAACAGGUCAAGAUGCCCAAGAUUAUCGACUUCAAGAGCUUUAGCGAAUCUCUUGCCGAUCCCGAGUUUGUCUUCUCCGACUACGCGAAGUUUGAUCGCCCUCAACAGCUGCAUGUCGGAUUCCAAGCACUACACGCUUUUGCUCAGACACACGGCCGCUUGCCGCGACCAAUGAACGCCGAGGACGCCAUUGUGGUCGCAAACUCUGCCAAGGAGUUUGCCAAGGCUAGUGGUAUCGAGGUUGAGUUUGACGACAAGCUUCUCACCGAGUUGAGUUACCAGGCUUCGGGCGACCUCAACCCCAUGGCUGCUUUCUUUGGAGGCAUCACAGCGCAAGAGGUUCUCAAGGCCGUGUCAGGAAAGUUCCACCCGGUCAAGCAAUGGCUCUACUUUGACUCUCUGGAGUCGCUUCCUACCAAUAUUCCCCGUACAGAAGAACUCUGCCAGCCGAUCAACUCUCGAUACGAUGGGCAAAUUGCAGUCUUUGGUAAGGCUUACCAGGAUAAGGUUGCAAACAUGAAGCAGUUCCUGGUCGGAGCCGGCGCUAUCGGCUGUGAAAUGCUAAAGAACUGGGCAAUGAUCGGGCUCGGCACUGGCCCGGAGGGCAAGAUCGUUAUCACCGAUAUGGACUCCAUUGAGAAGAGCAACCUGAACCGCCAGUUCCUCUUCCGCGCCAAGGAUGUCGGUCACAUGAAGAGUGACUGUGCCGCCAAGGCUGUUCAGGCCAUGAACCCGGAGCUGGAGGGCCACAUUCUCUGCCUGAAGGACCGCGUUAGCGCAGACACGGAGCACAUCUUCAACGAGGAUUUCUGGAACAGCUUGGACGGAGUCACCAACGCAUUGGACAACGUGGAGGCGAGGACGUACGUUGACCGCCGUUGUGUCUUCUUCCACAAGUCGCUACUGGAGAGCGGUACUUUGGGUACCAAGGGUAACACGCAGGUUGUCCUGCCAAACCUGACCGAGUCUUACUCGUCAUCGCAAGAUCCUCCCGAGCAGUCCUUCCCCAUGUGCACACUCAGGAGCUUCCCCAACAAGAUUGAGCACACAAUCGCAUGGGCUCGCGAGCUUUUCGACUCGAGCUUCAUCCGUCCUGCUGAGACCGUCAACCUGUACCUGACCCAGCCUAACUACCUGGAGUCGACACUGAAACAGGGUAACGAGAAGCAGACCUUGGAGAUGUUGCGGGACUCCCUGACCAAGGAUAGGGCCAUGUCAUUUGAGGACUGCGUCAUCUGGGCGCGUGGUCUGUUUGAGAAGAACUACAACAAUGCCAUCAAGCAGCUCCUUCACAACUUCCCCAAGGACUCGGUAUCUUCCACUGGCACGCCAUUCUGGUCUGGUCCCAAGCGUGCCCCCGACCCAUUAGCAUUUGACCCCUCGAACCCCACCCACUUUAUGUUUGUGGUCGCGGCGGCCAACCUCCACGCCUUUAACUACAACAUCAACGUGAAGGAUAAGUCCAAGCAGGACUACCUCGAUGUACUGUCCAAUAUGAUCAUCGAGGAGUUUGAGCCUGACCCAACGGUCAGGAUUCAGGCUGAUGAGAAGGAGCCCGACCCCAACGCUGGUGCAGGCGCUUUCGAUGACACGGCGGAAAUCAACAACAUCGUCAAGGAGCUCCCCUCGCCCAAGGACUUGGCAGGCUUCAAGUUGACUCCGGUGGAGUUUGAGAAGGAUGAUGAUACCAACUACCACAUUGAUUUCAUCACUGCAGCCAGCAAUCUGCGCGCCGAGAACUACAAGAUUGAGCAGGCAGACCGCCACAAGACCAAGUUCAUUGCAGGCAAGAUCAUUCCGGCCAUUGCAACCACAACGGCACUUGUGACGGGUCUGGUUGUUUUUGAGCUGUACAAGAUUAUCGACGGCAAGGACGACAUCGAGCAGUACAAGAACGGCUUUAUCAACCUGGCGCUGCCAUUCUUUGGCUUCAGCGAGCCGAUUGCAAGCCCCAAGGUUGAGUACAAGGGUCCCAACGGCGAAAAGGUGAAGUUGGACAAGAUCUGGGACCGCUUCGAGAUUGGUGACGUGACGCUGAAGGAGCUGAUUGAUGACUUUGAGAAGCGCGGUCUCAGCAUCACCAUGCUGAGCUCUGGCGUCAGUCUUCUUUAUGCUUCAUUCUUCCCGCCUGCCAAACUCAAGGAACGGUACAGCAUGAAGCUUAGCCAGUUGGUGGAGCACAUCUCAAAGAAGCCCAUCCCAGAGCAUCAGAAGGAGGUCAUCUUUGAGGUUGUCACGGAGGAUGCAGAUGGCGAGGAUGUCGAGGUUCCAUAUAUCAAGGUCAAGAUCCGAUAGAGGAUUGUAGCAAAGAUAUUGGCUUGUAUACUCGAUUUAGACUUGAUCAGUUUUGACGGUCUUGGGGCGUUAGCACAGAAUUUGUUUAUUAGUUUUACGAUAGCUUGUUAUCUUUCAAGUGGGUCGGUUUUUGGUCUUUUUUGUGGUUUCUCUGUCUUUCCUGUCUAUCUAGGUACCUACCUCUAGACAGGUAUCUAUGGUGAGCAAGCGUGACAUGUAUUAGGUGGAAUAAGAUGGAGCGGCAGAAGAAGAGGCGCAGAGUGUUGGUGGGGCAAAAGUCACUUUUGUCUACCUAGAUUAGUUGCAUGUUUCCAUACUGUGACUGAAUUGAGGCAGAUUCCUCACCAAGAUAGACCCUGCGAGGGGUCACAGUCAGCUACCACUGUGAAACAUUUUGUAAGAGGGGCGAAUAAC